AUGAUGAGAGGGAGAUCUGAUGGAGGCCAGAAGAAGCGGCUAAUUGCUUCGGUCUGCAUCGUGUCUCUAUUCGUCUGUUUCUUGUACAUGUACUAUGGUUCCUCAAGCCAAGGCGCAUCAGCAUUGGAGUAUGGAAGAUCACUGAGAAAACUCGGAUCUUCCUAUUUGGGUGGAGAUGAUGACAGCAUUGAUAACAAACAGGACGAAUCUGUGACCAGUGAAGAAGACAGUCUCGCUGUCGCCAAAAGCUUCCCUGUUUGUGAUGAUCGUCACUCGGAGAUCAUCCCUUGCUUAGAUAGGAAUUUCAUCUACCAGUCGAGGUUGAAGCUGGAUCUAUCUCUAAUGGAACAUUACGAACGCCAUUGUCCUCCUCCUGAAAGAAAGUUUAACUGUUUGAUUCCUCCUCCAUCUGGCUACAAGGUUCCAAUCAAGUGGCCAAAGAGCAGAGAUGAAGUGUGGAAAGCAAACAUACCUCACACUCACCUUGCGAAAGAGAAGUCUGAUCAGAACUGGAUGGUUGUCAAAGGCGAGAAGAUCUCGUUCCCCGGUGGUGGCACUCAUUUCCAUUACGGAGCUGAUAAAUACAUUUCAUCCAUCGCUAAUAUGCUUAACUUUUCGAACGAUGUAUUGAACGACGAAGGGAGGCUGAGAACGGUUCUCGACGUUGGAUGUGGAGUUGCGAGUUUCGGAGCUUACCUUCUCUCGUCUGACAUAAUCGCAAUGUCGUUAGCACCUAACGACGUUCACCAGAACCAAAUCCAGUUUGCGUUAGAGAGAGGCAUCCCUGCUUACCUCGGUGUGCUAGGUACCAAGCGGCUUCCAUACCCGAGCAGAUCAUUCGAGCUGGCUCAUUGCUCUCGUUGCAGGAUCGACUGGCUUCAGAGAGACGGGAUCCUUCUUCUCGAGCUCGACAGGGUGCUGAGACCGGGCGGUUACUUCGCUUACUCGUCUCCUGAAGCUUACGCGCAAGACGAGGAGAGUUUGAAGAUAUGGAAGGAGAUGAGUGGUCUUGUUGAGAGAAUGUGUUGGAGGAUCGCUGCUAAGAGAAACCAAACUGUGGUUUGGCAGAAGCCGUUGAGUAAUGACUGUUACUUGGACAGAGAGCCUGGGACUCAGCCUCCUCUGUGUCGCUCGGACGCUGAUCCUGAUGCUGUUGCGGGUGUGUCGAUGGAAGUUUGCAUCACUCCUUACUCCAAGCAUGACCAUCAAAGCAAGGGAAGUGGAUUAGCUCCAUGGCCAGCUAGAGUGACUUCUCCUCCUCCCCGUCUUGCGGAUUUCGGUUACUCAAACGAUAUGUUUGAGAAAGACACGGAACUGUGGAGACAACAAGUGGACAGUUACUGGACUUUAAUGUCAUCGAAAAUAAAAGCAAACAGUGUGAGGAACAUAAUGGACAUGAAAGCUCACAUGGGUUCUUUCGCAGCUGCUCUUAAAGAAAAAGAUGUCUGGGUGAUGAACGUUGUCUCUCCCGACGGUCCCAACACUCUUAAACUGAUCUACGACCGUGGUUUGAUUGGGACGAAUCACAACUGGUGUGAGGCUUUCUCUACGUACCCACGAACAUACGAUCUAUUGCACGCGUGGACCGUCUUUUCAGACAUUAGAAGCAAAGGAUGCAGCGCGGAGGAUCUACUGAUAGAGAUGGAUCGGAUUCUUAGACCUACAGGAUUCGUCAUCAUCAGAGAUAAGCAAAGUGUUGUUGAGUCGAUCAAGAAGUAUAUGCAGGCUUUGCAUUGGGAGAUUGUUGCAUCGGAGAAGGUAACUACAAGUUCAGAGCUUGACGGAGACAAUGACGAUGGUGAGAACAAUGUCGUUUUCGUUGUCCAGAAGAAACUGUGGCUCACCAGUGAAAGCCUUAGGGACACUGAGUAA